AUGAUCAACGGUCAGAUUGGAUUGCAUGAUACUCCUGGUUCAAGGACCCUGGAAAACCUGACGAAGAAACUUCAAUAUCGGAGACAAGGAACUUCGUUGCAGAGCUCAUGA